UUAUAUUCUGUCCGGGAAAAGCCACAAUCAUCAUGUCGCCAAAACCGCAGCAAAAAACGUUAGUCCAACCGGAGUCCCUAGAUGAUGCUGAUGCAGGAAACCGUGUAGUUAUCACCGGGAUGGCGGGGUCUUUCCCUGACAGUUAUAAUGUUAAGCAGCUUGAGGAUAUACUUUACAACAAGGUAAAUCCAGUGGGGACGAAUGAACCGAGGUGGGAAUAUAACCACCCAGAGAUCGCAAAUUACACCGGCCAAGCUCCUGAUUUGGAUCGUUUCGAUGCUCAGUUCUUCAAGGUGCAUUACCGACUAGGAAACUCUAUGGACCCAAUGUCUAGGAGAAUUCUUGAACAUACAUACGAGGCAAUAUACGAUGCAGGUAUAUGUCCUCAAGAGCUCAGUGGAAAAAAGGUCGGUUGCUACAUUGGCACAUGUAUGUCAGAAUCAGAGAAAUCCAGCUUCUAUUCUGCAACUGCUAGAACUGGUUUUGGCAUUGCUGGGUGCAGCAAAGCCAUGUUUGCCAAUCGUAUUUCGUACUGGUUAAAUGUCAAAGGACCCUCAAUGUCUGUAGAUCAAGCAUGCUGCAGCGCAUCGGUGGCUUUACAGUUGGCAUAUGACGCUAUUCGUCGCGGUGAUUGCGAAGCAGCUGUUGUAGGUGGUGCAAAUCUUUGUCUCCAUCCCCAACAGUCAAUUCAUACUUCAAGGGUUAUAAAUUUAUGUCCCGAUGGUAAAACAAAGUCGUUUGACAAGAAUGCUGAUGGCUGUGCUCUAUCGGAAUCUAUAAGCGUAUUUUUCGUACAAAAAGCCAAAAACGCUAAACGUGUCUACGCUGAAGUUGUUCACGUAAAAAAUGAAUAUACAGAAAUACUUAAAACUGAAACUGGACCAAAAUACAGUUUUUAUCGCGACGUUGAUAACAUGACUGAUUUCAUAAAACAGUUUUAUGAGGAAGCCAAUGUAGAUCCUGAAGAUGUUAAAUACGUUGAAGCUGUGGGUUCUGCAACAGACGAAGCAGACAAAGUUGAGCUUGAAGCAUUUAACAAUGUGUAUUGUACACAAAGACGUGAAGAACCAUUGCUUGUUGGAAGUGUUACUUCUAAUAUUGGUUAUACUGGUGCUGCUUCGGGUAUCUGUUCCAUCCUUAAAGUUCUUUUGGCGUAUCGUAAUGGACUCAUAGCUGGAAAUAUGCAUUGUGAAAAUGUUCGUGACGAUAUAGAUGCACUUCGUGAUAAACGCAUUCAGGUAGUCACUGACCACAAAAAGUUCAACGGAGGAUACGUCGCUGUUAACGGAAUAUCAAUUACUGGUAUCAACGCGCACGUACUUUUGAAAAGAGUGCACAAAACAAAGGAUCUGUCUCGGUAUCAGACUAGUAUACCACGUUUGGUCACAAUAUCUGCCAGACAACAGUCAGCGGUAAACAGUAUUUUUAAGGACUUGAAAAGUCGUCCGAUCGAUCCAGAAGAAUUGGCCUUAUUCUAUAAUAUCCAUGAGCACCAUAUAAGCGGACAUCUGGGUAGAGGAUUUACAAUUUUAGAUACAAAUGAGGAUCAGGAGACUGUAUGCUUGGUGCAGAAUUCAGAUUACUUCGACAAUGCCAAGAAACCUUUGUGGUUUGUGUAUAGCGGUAUGGGCUCCCAGUGGGUUGGAAUGGGAGCACAUCUCAUGCGUAUACCAAUCUUCGCUGGAGCCAUUGAAAGAUGUGAUAAAGUCUUAAAACCUAAAGGAAUUGAUAUAGUUCAUAUAAUAACAUCUCAAGACAAGACUAUGUUUGAUAAUAUUUUGCACUCGUUCGUCGGAAUUGCUGCCAUUCAAAUUGGACUUACUGAUAUACUAACUGCAGUAGGAUUUGUACCGGAUAAAAUAAUUGGACACAGUGUAGGUGAACUGGGCUGUGCAUAUGCCGAUGGUUGUUUCACCGCUGAAGAGAUGAUUUUGUCGGCUUAUAGCCGUGGUCUGGUUUCUGUACAAACAACUUUUAUUCGCGGUUCCAUGGCUGCGGUUGGUGUGGGAUAUGAAGAAGUAUCAAAGAUGUGUCCACCGGAGAUUGAGGUAGCAUGUCACAAUAGUGCUGCCUCCAGUACAAUCUCAGGUCCAGCUGAUGAAAUGCGUGCAUUUGUUUCCAAGCUGACCGCAGACGGCAUAUUUGCAAAAGAAGUGCCAUCAUCAAACAUUGCUUAUCAUUCUCGCUACAUUGCCGAAGCAGGUCCUGGCUUGCUGAAAUACUUGAAAGAAGUUAUCAAGGAACCGAAGGCUCGCAGUGACAAAUGGCUUUCUACUUCCGUGCCUGAAGAUAAAUGGAAAACAGAAGCAGCAAAAUAUUCAUCUGCAGAAUAUCAUACCAAUAAUUUGCUUAAUCCUGUACUUUUUGAAGAAACAUCGCGUUUGAUUCCGCGUGACGCUGUCUGUGUAGAGAUUGCUCCUCAUGGCUUACUGCAGGCUAUUCUCAAACGUUCUCUGUCUGAUACUUGUAAGAAUAUACCUUUGACGCGAAGAGGUCACAGUGAUAAUGCCCUUCAUGUAUUGGAAGCUAUUGGAAAGUUGUAUAUGGAGGGAUACAGUCCGAAAAUAAAAGCUUUAUAUCCCAAGGUAGAGUUCCCAGUUUCCGUUGGGACACCAAUGUUGGGACAUCUGGUAGAAUGGGCUCACGCUGAGCCAUGGACUGUACCAUUAUAUGUAUCUGCACAUAGAGAGAGAACAGCGUGUUACAAAAGCAUCGUUUCUCUAUUCGAUGAUGAGCAUAAAUACUUGUCAGGCCAUGUUAUACAAGGAAAAACUGUUUUCCCCUACUCCGCAGUAUUGGUGUCUGUAUGGGACACAUUAACUAUGUUAUCGGGUGAUGACCGAAGGUCUACAUCAGUGCAAUUCACCAAUGUUCAACUUUUAGCGCAACCGAUUAUUCAUAAUCAAAAACAGCUCAAACUAGUUACGUCGUUUCACAGAGGGAAUGGACGGUUUGAGGUAACUCAUGAAGGAACGCAAGUUGCUACAGGAUUCAUAAGCGUAUACCAAGAUGACAAGGACAGAGCAUUCAGUAGACAUUCUGAAGAAACGAGUACAAGAAUAUUGAACUUGAAUGACAUCUACGAACUAUUGUACAUAAAGGGUUGUAGUUAUAAGAAUGAAUUCAGAAGCAUACUAUGUGCAAAUACUUCGAUUACCCAAGCUGAAAUACAGUGGAAAAACAAUUGGGUGACAUUCUUAAAUGCAAUGUUGCAGCUGCAAAUUGUAAAACAACAGAAUGAAGCAAUAGCCUUCCCGAAUUUCAUAAGUAGGAUUCUCAUUGAUGUAAAUGAGCAAGCAGAAUUUAAAACGGAAUCUAUUGUUGCUAAUGUUUUUGACAACUCGCAUUUGAUAAGAUGCGGUGGUGUUCUUAUGGAAUCUUUUAAGUUCCAAAAAGUUACCUUCUCUCCUUAUAGAGAGGUAUCAUUAUUGGGUCUGAAGAACCCAGUUCAGGCAAUAAAGGCGGAAAAUUUAAAAGUCGUAAGGGAAUCAGCGCCCAAUUUACGAGGAGCCAUGCUGUCUUGUCGUCAGAUUGGUAAUCUGGAGUCCUUGCAGUGGAUUGAACAGCCAGAUUUGACUGAAACUGGGAUCGAUGUUAAGGUCGCUUAUGCUGGUUUGAACAUUAUGGAUUUGCAGAGAAUGGCCGGUACUGUGCCGUUUAAAAAUGAAAUUGCCUUCGGAAUGGAUAUUAGUGGACAUACUAUUAACGGAACACGAGUAAUGGGACUGGUGCCACAGCGAGCCCUCAGUACGAGGAUUCGAGUUGAUAAGAAUCUGUUGUGGCCAGUGCCAGAACAGUGGACCUUGGAAGAUGCAGCUACGGUUCCUCUCGCGUACUGCCUCGCCUAUUACUGUCUUAUGAUCAUAUUGCCAAUUCCCGCGAUAAAUCCUUUAAAGAUAAAAUAUUAACUGUCACACAGGGCAAGGGAUGUAGAGUUGUGAUUUGUGGUGUUCAAGGUUGGCUAAGAAAUUGCUCAUUGUCAGUCACCGGAGCAAGUGGUGUGUGCAUCGAUACAGCAUUGUUACAGAUGCAAGAAAACUUCGAUUAUGGCAUGAAUUCGAUGACAUUGAACAGAUCAUAUGUGCCAAUAAAUUUAGAUACUAUAUUCAACGUUAACGGC